AUGUCAACAAUCGGCUGGGACUCUGGUCAAAUAUAUGGGUCAAAUCUCAACUCUUCGAGAAGUCGUGAAGACUCUCUAGAAGAACUCGAAGAUAAAUUUUCGGAUUUCGUAGAGAACUACAGAGUUGGAGCGGAAUUCAUAUACAGAGAACAACUUCGUCGAAACCUUCAUGUGCAGAAAUAUCAUCUUGAAAUCGUUCUAGAGGACUUGAUAAAUUCUCAUUUACAAAAAGGUCUUGAAGAGAAGCUUGUCAAUAGGCCACGGGAAUUAUUACCACUGUUCGAAACUGCUGCACAGAAGGUUGCGAGAAAGAUUCUUUUAGAAGAACGCGAAGAAGAUGAUUCCAAUAGUGAGCUACCCAAAGAACUACGUAAUCUGCAAGUUAUUCUAAGAUGCGAAACAGACGCGACAAUGCAGAUGCGUCAUCUUGAUGCACAUCAUAUAUCCAAGCUAGUCAGGAUUCGGGGAAUCAUUAUCUCUGCUUCAUCAUUGUCGGCAAAGGCUACGCAAGUUCAAAUCAAAUGUAAAACUUGCCGACAUACGAAGAUGCUGUCCGUACACAGUGGGUUCUCGGGUAUAACGUUACCGCGUACUUGUGACAGUGAUCGGACUGAAGCAGGUCCUAAAGAAUGUGGUUUAGAUCCAUUCUUUAUUGUGCACGACAAAUCAAACUUUGUAGAUCAACAAAUACUGAAAUUGCAAGAGGCACCAGAUUUAGUACCUGUCGGAGACUUGCCCCGCCAUAUGCUGCUGAGCUGUGACCGUGAUUUAACUAAUCUGGUCGUACCGGGAACACGUGUCGCUGUCUUAGGGACUUAUGACAUUUUUCAAAAUAAAUCUUCGAAAUCUACCGGGGUCGCCAUCCGUAACCCAUAUAUUCAUGUGGUUGGAAUGCAACUUGAUGCUGAUUCGUAUGGACGCGGAGAAAAAUCCUUUACGCCUGAAGAACAAGAGGAAUUUAUUGCCAUGUCAAAGCAGCCACAUUUCUAUGAGACGUUUGCAAAUAGUAUUGCGCCAUCUAUCUAUGGAAAUACGGAUAUUAAAAAGGCCGUGACCUGCUUAUUAUUUGGAGGCAGCAAGAAGGUCCUACCAGAUAAUAUGAGAUUAAGAGGAGACAUUAACGUCUUACUCUUGGGAGACCCUGGUACUGCCAAGAGUCAGCUUUUAAAGUUUGUCGAAAAGGUGGCGCCGGUUGCCGUAUACACUUCAGGAAAGGGCAGUAGUGCUGCCGGUCUAACAGCAUCUGUAAUACGCGACGCAGGAUCACGCGAAUUCCAUCUUGAGGGAGGAGCAAUGGUGUUAGCCGAUGGCGGCGUAGUAUGUAUAGACGAAUUUGACAAGAUGCGCGAAGAGGACCGAGUUGCUAUCCAUGAAGCAAUGGAACAGCAAACAAUAUCUAUUGCAAAAGCUGGCAUUACUACAAUAUUAAAUUCACGCACUUCAGUCCUUGCUGCUGCUAACCCUAUCUUUGGUCGUUACGAUGAUAUGAAGACGCCGGGUGAGAAUAUCGAUUUUCAAGCUACUAUUUUGUCGAGAUUUGACAUGAUAUUUAUCGUCAAGGAUGAACACGAGGAAGAUAGAGAUCGGACAAUAGCAAGACAUGUAAUGUUGGUGCAUAUGAAUCGCGCAAAUCCGCAAUCGGCAGAAGGUGAAAUAGAUAUUGAGAAAAUGAGGAAGAAAUGUGCGCCUCGAUUAAGUGCUGCAGCUGCAGAGAAACUGAGUAGCCAUUUUGUCUCUAUUCGGAGUGAAGUUCGACGCGUUGAGCAAGAUAUGAGAGAGCGCUCAUCGAUUCCAAUCACAAUAAGACAAUUAGAAGCUAUUGUCCGAAUAUCAGAAGCUUUAGCAAAGUUGACGCUGUCACCAAUCGCUACCGAAGAACACGUUGAUGAAGCAAUACGCCUGUUCAAGAGAUCGACUAUGGAUGCUUUACAGACUGGAGAAGUUGAGGGCUUAACACAGCCACAAGUGAUAUUCGAAGUCCAAAACGUCACAAGGGAUGUUCGCAAUCGUCUUCCUGUUGGGUCAAGUGUGUCAACCGCCACAUUAAUAAAGGAACUCUCGAAGAACUAUUCCGAUAUAAUUGUAAGACGUGCAUUAGACAUUUUGGUCCGACAAGAGACUCUUCAAUACAAGAAUUCUCGUAAAGUUGUGCAUAGAUCUGGUCAAGCUUGGAUCUUGGAGGGUCUCACACAAAACGAUAUGAUAGACAUUAGUGAGCUCUCCCAGGAAGGUCACCCACAAGAGGACGAGGUGACCGUCGCUGAAGUGAACGGGUGCCUAGUCCAUUUGGGUGAUGUUCAAGAUGAAAGACUGACUGUAUAUACACUUGCCGAGAAUAUUCCAAUUCAGGGUGUAUUAUAUCCUGCUUUAAAAUUACCCUACGACUUCGCCUUCCAUGAGCUUCAUUCAUCGGGUCCCCAAUUGACACCUCGGCGGUUGCCUCGUCGCGAUCCUGUCACAGAAAUCGUAGAACAACACAUAGUUCAACCCGUUGUUGGUCCAGCUGUAUGGUUAAGGACAACUAUCAAUGAUACCGUACGGAACCUAAAGGAGGCAGCAUUGGACACCUUACCAACUGCUUUAGUAAAAUUAAUAUCUGCAUCCAACGUCAAAGACUUUCUUACAAAGUUGCAGAUGGAGAACGAUAAAUAUCCCACAAGAUUAAUCACAUGGCAUUCAUACAAAUCUGUCAUAGCUUUUGUCCACCGGUUGGGCGCUGUGUUUUUGUAUGAUCUUCGUAGUGAAAAUUGGUUUCCGGAGGUAUUAGAAAAUGAUUUGCAAAAGGAUAUAACAUGUAUAGAGUGGAAACCGUUGGGUGGAAACAUUUUGGCGGUUGGAUGUCGACGCGGGUUAUGCUUGUGGGAAUUGUCACUUCGUGUCGAAAACAUAAGGCAACCAGACGAGGGCGGAAUUACUGCACCGCUGUCAGCGUGGAUGCAUUAUCUUAAUUAUCCAGGACAUGACAACAUUGUUACGCUUGCAUGGCAUCCGAAAGGAAGAUAUCCUUUGGGAAUUAUGACCAUCACAUUGCUGGCGACGGGUUCUAUAGACGGAUCUAUCGUAAUAUGGGAUACGGCUUUUAACACGAGCAUGCCAUUAAAGGGUUCCGGCACGGUUGUAGUAUUAAAUUGGAGUUCAGAUGGAACAUAUCUGUUCUCGUCGACGUUGAGCGGUUAUUGUAUAUUAUGGGAAACCAGUGAAUGGAUACGAGUAAUCUUUCGAAGUCCAUCUGAAGGCUAUGUAAAGACCGCAUGUUGGUUAAGCAAUAGUCGAGCGCUGUUUAUGGCAUGCUCGAAUGAUACGAAAGUAUACACACUGGUCAUAGAUCCAAGUCUACAUAGAGAAUGGCGACCAUUCGACGAUGUUGAGAUUCGAGAGGACUACAUGACCAUUGGUCCAGAAGAUCUCGGCGACGAAAUUCGUCACAUGGUUAUAGAUCCGAGUAGUAAGCGUCUCGUUGUCAAUUGUGAGGACAAGAGAUGUUUAGUUGUUUAUCAAGUAAAAGCUCCGACGGAAGUUCCAUCUGGAUCAAGCUUGUUAACUCGUCUUGGAUAUAUACGCGGUCCAUAUGGAAGUCAGCCCGAGCUUUCACUGGAAGACGUCCCCGAAGAGAAACAAUCUCCUACAUCAGUUACAAUGGCUUUUGCAAAGCAAUUUAUUAGAGGUGCUUUGCUAUGUCUGGUCUGGGCUGACGGGAAGGUGUCAUUCAUUCCUUUUAUAUUUGGACCAAAGAAAUGA